UUUGCCUGUUGUUAGUUUAAUCGUGACUGAUCGUGACGUAUAUGUGUACUCUCAUGCAGAAUCGAUGAGUUACAGUACACGUUAAAUAUUUAUCGAUAGUGAACAACAACGGAGAGUAUACAUAUACAGAUUACUAAAUUUAACAAGAAAACGCGAAGAAAUAAUAUAAAUAAAAAAGGAAAUAAUAAAAAAAAAACCGAAAAAAAAAAGGAAAUUGAUGUGUACGAGGUGUUUUUUUUAUAUGAUUUUGAAGAAACUGUGAAUAAGUCGUUAAAUAAAAUUAAGGAUAUAGUAUGAAAUAUAUUUCAGCCUUGAAGACAGAUUUAUUUCGAUAAGUUCAUACUAUAUUUCAUAUUGCUUUGUAUAAAAAGAUCUCACGCGAUCCUGUGAGGACGCGUUGUCGAUUAUUGUUAAAGUGGAAGCUUUAGAAAAUGGCCGACAAUUGGACACAGAGCGUUGUUUGCCGUUAUUUCAAAAAUGGUAUAUGCCGUGAAGGGAGUAAUUGCAGAUAUCGUCAUACUCAAGAAAUUGGAAAUGAUGGGAAUACCAAUGAAACAGUAAUUUCUUCUGUUCCAUCUUUUAGCAGUGUAUGUCGUUUCUUUAAACAUGGUGUUUGUAAAUUUGGGAACCAGUGCCAUUUUCGUCAUAAUCCUGAAAUUGAUGAUAAUAAUUUGGUAAAUGCAAAUUCGGUAGAAAAUUCUUCAUCUGGACAACAGACUUCAAACACAUCAGCUUCGACAACAAUAAAGAAUGUCAAAGAAAAUGCUCAUGCAGCCGAAGAAUGGGUGAAAGCCCCAGAAUUUGUGCCUUCGUCUGUAGCUGGUUCAUCUUCAGCAGAUGAAGCUUCUAAUACUUUAGAAACAUCUGCGAGUUCUUCACUGCCAUUAUCCUAUGCUCAAGCUUUGAAUCCAUCUGGUCAAGCAUCCAAUCCAUCCUUAGAACCUUUAUGUCCAUAUGCAGAGGCAACUGGAAUUUGUAGGAAACGUAAUUGUACAUAUUUGCAUGGAGAUAUUUGUGAACUAUGUAAUCGUGCUGCACUUCAUCCAAAUAAUGAAGAACUUAGAAAAAAACAUACAAAUGCAUGUGUUAAACAACAUGAAGUAGAUAUGGAACUUUCAUUUGCUAUUCAGCGUAGCAAAGACAAAUCUUGUGGAGUUUGCUUUGAAGUUAUAAUGGAAAAAACAUCUGGAGAACAGAGAUUCGGAAUUUUACCAAACUGUAAUCAUUGUUUCUGUUUAAGUUGUAUUAGAAAGUGGAGACAAGCUAAACAAUUUGACAAUAAAAUUAUAAGAGCUUGUCCAGAAUGUCGGGUCACCUCAGACUUUGUAUGUCCAAGUAUGUAUUGGGUAGAUACAAAAGAAGAGAAAGAAAAAUUAAUAAUGGACUACAAAUAUGCACUGAGUAUCAAAGAUUGUAAGUAUUUCAAUAAAGGACGUGGUAAAUGUCCAUUUGGCAAUAAAUGCUUUUAUCUCCAUGCACUUCCUGAUGGCACUAAAACAGACGUUGGUCCACCUGUUCGUCAACGACGUAAUACUGAUGCAGAUAUUGAUAUUAUACAUCAAUUAAUCUUGUGGGACUUUUUUGAAGAGAGAGAUAACCGUUGGCUAUAUGGUGGAAAUAUUGAAGAUAUUCUACCUUUUUCAUCAGAUUCUGAAGAAUCAGAAUGGUCUGAAUAUGAAUUUUAGUGUGGAAUGUUUUAAAUUUUUUGUUAACUCAAUAUUCUUUUUUGCUGCUGUUGCUGUUAACUGUAUUAUCUAUUCCAUUUACCAUUUAUAUGUGGUUCAGUGGCUGAAUAGACAAAUAGUUUACGAAUUUUGUAAAUCAUAAUAAUUUCGAAAUAUCUGGGCUAAAUUAAUACAAAUACCUACGUACUUUGUUUGGUGUUAUUUACAUGAAAUUUAUGUAAAUUACAUCAAAGUGAUAAUAACAGUAACAGUAACGAUAACAGGGAGGUUAGAGUCGCAUGUAUGAUGACAAGUUUUUUAAUAAUAUAUUGUCACUUUAUAAUGGGUUCUUUUCAUAUAUUUUAACCACUAUUAUUGUAACUAAUACUCAGUCGUACGAAAUGUAUAUCAAAUUAUUUGCACUCCAAAUUCAGUUAAUAGUAUAUAGACCAACAUUUAUAGUACUAUUUUUUCAAUAUAAACGUACACAAUAUUAUUUCUACUGCUGUCUGAUCAUUGGGCUAUUUUUUUUUUUCUUUUUAAUGAAGAAAAUUAAUUGUUAGUAUAGUACACUAAUAAUAAUUACUUCAUACAUUUUAAAAAAUAAAUUUGAUUCACUUCUUUGUCAAAUGAAGCAAGUGUACUAUUAUAAUUUAAUCUUUCAAAUAUCAUAGUUUUGUAAACAUCAUUAUAUCCCUGUUUGUUCUUGGCUCGAAACUUAACAUUUGAUUAAGAAAUCGGUAAAUAAAGUUAAAACAAUAUUAAUUUAUUAUUUCUUUUUACAAUAUACGUUUAGUGUUUUAGAAGUAAUUUUAACUUCAGUUUGGUACUUACUCUAUGCAAAGAAAACCAAUAUCAGGUUUUAUUACAUUCAUUUCUUACUGCACUUAAGGAAUACAAGUUUUAUAGAAAGCAAGAAAUUAGCUUACACGUUAUAAGAGAUAAUGAAUAAAUACAAAUUUGUUAUUUACAAUAAUUGGUACUUUAUAUAUAUUUGAUUAUUUAUGAUACACAAUUAAUUGUCCUACCUCCUGUUAUAUAUCACUGUGAACAUCUAACAAAUUUCUUUAAAUUAUUCAACUGUAUAGCGUUAAUGUUUAAUUAAUAGUUUUAAGAUAUCCGUGAUAAAUUGCGCAAAUCGAAUGUACCGUAAGUAAGUGUGUGUCUGUGUAGUAAUAUGAAAAUUUGGUUGAAUGUGUAUACUGUUAAAUGUAAUAAGAGGAAACGAUUUUUGGCGAAUAUGCACAAACUGAUUCCAGAUUUAAAGGAAAAAGCAAAUAAAAAUUAUUUUCUAAAUGAUA